AGAGGGAGACCGUUAGAAAGUAGGACCACCCUUGAACAUCAGAAAGCAGGGAAGAGGGCAGGAACACAGAGAGAGAGAGAGAGAGAGAGAGAGAGAGAGAGAGAUGGGGAGGGAGGAGCACUUGCUGUUUGGAGUCUGACUUGGUCGCUUUGGAACUUGAUCUCUGCUCUGGGAGGAAGAUCUCACUGCGAAUUUCCUGUUGGGAUCUUAACACCUUUGCCAUUGGGAUUGGAAUAUCCUGUCAUCUUCCAGCCUGCUGGCUGAAGAACCUCCGGCUGAUCUGAAGAGAUCUAGUUGGCGACUAAUAUGAGGAAACCUUUAAAUGGACCAGACCCUGGAAUCCGACUGCAGGGCCUUUAACCAGAGAAGCACCAGAGAAGCAACAUGCAAACCAAUCGGUGAACCAGUGUGGCUUGUUAAACCCCCACCUUCGUAGCCAACAGCACCACCAACCCAUCUUUUGGUGGUGGGUGGGGUUGUACUCACACUUCCACCUGAGAAGCAAACAUGAUGGAAUCACUCCUGUCAAGAAGAAGUCAAGACGCCAUGGCUUUAUCCAGCUUUGCUCCUCUUCUCAGACCUCCUCGCAGCUGCAUGAGGCAACACUACCAAGGCAUGAGAAGAAAACUUCGACCUGGGCGAAUCCUGGGUUUCAUCUUAAGCAUGGCAGUGGUCUGCACGGUGUGUUCAUGGAGUGCCUUUUCUCUUGUCACCACCAUGGUGGCCAAAGAGCCUGAUUCCGAAGGCUCAGGAGAGGGAGCAGUGCCCCAAAGAACUCUUCUGGAGCAUCUGAACGACUCUGACCUUCUGGCCGGAACAGUGGGGGCCCAUCAGACAUCCGAAAUUGAGAUGAACCAUGGGGACUACCCCACAGACUAUUUCAGCGUGGAGGACAGACGACAGGGCUUUGUAGUAUUACAUAUGUUUGGCAUGUUGUACAUGUUCAUAGCUUUAGCAAUUGUGUGUGAUGAGUUUUUCGUCCCGGCGCUCACUGUUAUCACCGAGAAACUACAGAUCUCUGACGACGUAGCGGGGGCCACCUUCAUGGCUGCAGGCGGCUCGGCUCCAGAGCUCUUCACUUCCGUCAUAGGAGUUUUCGUCUCCCACAGCAACGUGGGUAUCGGCACCAUCGUAGGCUCUGCGGUCUUCAACAUCCUGUUUGUGAUCGGGAUGUGCGCCCUGUUCUCUAAAGAGGUGCUGAACCUCACCUGGUGGCCUCUGUUCAGAGACGUCUCCUUCUAUAUUAUCGGCUUGCUUAUGCUGAUCUACUUCUUUCUGGAUAAUCAAAUCACACUGGGGGAAAGUAUAGGCCUGCUCAUGUGCUACACCACCUACGUGACCUUUAUGAAGUUCAACGCCAAAGUAGAACUUUUCAUCAAGAGACUGCUGGGCAGCAACCAGGUGGACAUGAUGGAGACCGCACCUAAGGUCAACACUCCUACCGAUGAUGACAACAAACUGAUGGCCAAACCGAGGUUACAGAGGGAAGGCAGCUGUGCUUCGUUACACAACUCACUGAUGAGGAACAGCAUCUUUCAGCUGAUGAUACACACACUGGACCCUCUAAGCGAUGAAGGUACAUCCGUCCGAGGACAAUUCAAAGAGAAGGCGUCCAUUCUUCACAAAAUGGCCAAACAGAAGUGUAAAGAGGAGGCUGCUAGUGCCAACGGUGUAGUGGGAGCUAAUAAAAAAAUUCCCAACAGCACCAAAGUCGCAGUAGAAGUCACGCCGCCCAUGAAUGGAGUUGCAGGAGGCGAGUGUGGUGAGGAGGAGGAGGAAGAUGAAGACCAGCCUCUGAGCCUGGCCUGGCCUGACACCCACAGGAAGCGUCUCACGUACCUCAUCAUCCUACCAAUUGUCUUUCCUCUCUGGCUCACACUGCCUGACGUCAGAAGAGAGUCUUCGGAAAAGUUCUUUGCCAUCACCUUCCUUGGUGCCAUCAGUUGGAUUGCUUUCUUUUCCUACUUAAUGGUGUGGUGGGCUCAUCAGGUUGGAGAGACUUUCUGGAUUACAGAGGAGAUCAUGGGUCUGACUAUUUUAGCAGCCGGUACCUCCAUCCCUGACCUCAUCACCAGCGUGAUCGUAGCCCGUAAAGGCCUGGGCGACAUGGCUGUGUCCAGCUCAGUGGGCUCCAACAUCUUUGACAUUACAGUUGGUCUGCCCUUCCCAUGGCUCAUCUACAACAUCAUCAACGACUUCAAGCCAGUGGAAGUCAGCAGUAACGGACUCUUCUGCGCCAUCGUCCUCCUCUUCAUCAUGCUCCUCUUCGUCAUCAUCUCCAUCGGAGCCUGCAAGUGGAGGAUGAGCAAGCUGCUGGGUUUUUUCAUGUUCCUGCUCUACUUUGUAUUCCUCAUCACCAGCGUCAUGCUGGAGGACAAAAUCAUCGUCUGCCCUGUCACCGUCUGAGAGACAGGCCCUGGAAAUGUCUAAUGUCACGCCCACACACACACACACAAGCACAUAAACAUCUACAUACACACAUUGUCCACAAGACUACAUGCAUCACGGCCUUCCAGUGGCCUGUUUUGUGGCACGGAAGCCAAGUUGUACUCUCUAUCAACCCAGGGACUACAUUUAUUUGGUUGAAACCUACUUAAAUAGACGGUUGGACCAUGUACCGGAACUGGGAUGGAGAGAGCAACACAUGGGCGCAGUCAUGAAUGAUAUCUGAUGCUCAGACUCAAACGGACGUUUGGUUUUGCAAAACUCUGGGAAUGAUCCUCGGGACUGUGGGGGAAAAAGAGAGGCAAAGCAACCUGACUGUGUUGGCAUGAAGGCUAGAUGUUAAGAUUCUAAAUAUUUUCAUUUCAAGCAUGUCAUGCUAUUUGUUUAUUUAGAAUAAUUUGCACCAGUACUGUACUGUACAUUUGUUUUAUGAAUAACACAUAUUUAUUUAGCCCUACUUAUACCAUAUACAACCAUACACAGGUAUAUGAUAAAUUCAUUUGUUUUUCAUACAGUAUAGUUAUGGACAACUAUUUGUGUUCUGCAUGCCUUUAAACACGCCAUGCCCCAACUCUAUCGUCCUGUGUUGCUGCUGGCCCUUUAAAUGUUGGAUUUACAGCAUUUGUCUUUCAAUCGGGAGGACUUUUUUUAGUCAGCUUUACUAGUAAGGCCUGUGAAUAUUUUCAUUCAAGUAACGAUUGUGUGUUCUCAGGCCACUGAAGCGAUAGCAACUGACCUGUUCUGAUUGUGUUCGAAGACAUAUCGCCUACAGGACAGCUUUACUCUGAGUUGUUUGGCUCUCCUAUCAAGUCCGCCCUAUCCUUGAGCCUGAACUGAUGAUUCUCAAUCUUCAGUUCAUGCUCAAAGACUAGUUAGGACUAUCCAAUGAGUCAGAUUAGUAUAUCUAGUCUUUGAGCAUGAACUGAUGAGUAUCAGUUUUGUUGCGUUUGGACCAGAUAUUCUGCUGGUCAACUCCCAAGUUCUUUCAAUGACACUUAAGCUGGUUUUAAAUGAAUCCCAGACAGAGUAGCUAUUUUGACCUUUUAUUCCAAAGCUUUGGAGAGCCAACUCUAUGAAAAACACAUUCCAAUCGCAUCGCCCAUUGCCUUUUUCACUAUGCCACUCGCCCCCCUAUCCUCCCCCUCCCGAGUGAAUCGACAUAUCUAUUUCCCUCCUAAGCCUGGGACAUUUGAGAUAAGAAGGGUGUUAUGGCUAAUAGUCACAUUCCAGACCCAAGGUCUCCACAUGCACACCACUUCAGCUGCUUUCAAACACGACUACAGAAAGAAAGAAAUAACUCUUGAACAUGGAUAUAAGUAGGUAUCCAUCUCCGUCAAUUUAUACUCAAAGACUUGAUAGAACAGUCUGACAAAUCAGAAUAGAGCUGUCCUAUCUAGUUUUAAGCAAGAACUGAUGAGCAUGAACUGUUGGGAUGAAAGGCGAAACGUCAUCUAUAAGACAAUCAAUUCAAAAAGUUGUAGGAGUGUUACUCUUAGUAAGUGCAUGAUCUGAAAAAUGAAUAGUGGAUUGCAGUAAGUGGAAAUUAAAUAAAAUCCAAAGUUGUUCCAACUUGGAAUCUUUGUCAAUUCACCAGAUAAUCACUUGUAAGGUCAGAGUUCACUGAUGCAGCACCUGACAGAGGACCUGCACUCUCUCCAUCCCUGUCCGAGUUCAUCCCAACAGUUUUUUGACGGAGUUGAGGUCAGGUCUCUCAAGUUUUUUCCCAAGCAAAUUUAACCACACCUGCCUUUAUGGACCUUGCUUAACGGAAUUAUUAGGAUUCCGAAGGAACUAAUUGGUCUAGAUCAGGUGUCGGUAACCCGCAACAUCCUUGUUGAGUCUCUAUUCUUUGAUUUAUUUUUUAACACUGGAAUCGGGGGUCCCUAGAGCUAGCUUAUGUAGCCGAGGAUCGGACCGCCAGGUGCUCUGCAUUCGGCUGCCGUCCAGCUCACAUUGCAGCCGACCUCCACGGCCCCUGCUAUGGGUGGUGAGCCCAUUGGAGUAGGGACUCACGUUGCCAUAACUUUUAUGGACAACAUUUCUAGACGCAGUCAGGGCGUCGAGGGCAUCUGGUUUGGUGGAGCCAGGAUUAGGUUUCUGCUUUUUGCAGAUGAUGUAGUCCUGAUGGCUUCAUCUGGCCAGGAACUUCAGCUCUCACUGGAUCGGUUCGCAGCCGGGUGUGAAGCGACUGGGAUGUGAAUCAGCACCUCCAAGUCCGAGUCCAUGGUUCUCGCCCGGAAAAGGGUGGAGUGCCAUCUCCAGGUUGGAGAGGAGAUCUUUCCCCAAGUGGAGGAGUUCAAGUACCUCGGAGUCUUGUUCACGAGUCAGGGAAGAGUGGAUCGUGAAGUCGACAAGCGGAUCUGCGGACGCUGUCUCAAUACGUUGUGCUGAAGAAGGAGCUUAGCAAAGCUCUCAAUUUACCGGUUGAUCUAUGUUCCCAUCCUCACCUAUGGUCAUGAGCUUUGGGUCAUGACCGAAAGGAUAAGAUCACGGGUACAAGCGGCCGAAAUGAGUUUCCUCCGCCGGGUGGCGGGGCUCUCCCUUAGAGAUAGGGUGAGAAGCUCUGUCAUCCGGGAGGAACUCAAAGUAAAGCCGCUGCACCUCCACAUUGAGAGGAGCCAGAUGAGGUGGUUCGAGCAUCUGGUCAGGGUUGCACGUCCGACAGGUUUGAGGCCACGGGGAAGACCCAGGACACUUUGGGAAGACUAUGUCUCCCGCCUGGCCUGGGAACGCCUCUGGAUCCCCCGGGAGGAGCUGGACGAAGUGGCUGGGGAGAGGGAAGUCUGGGCUUCCCUGCUUAGGCUGCUUCCCCUGCGACUCGACCUCCGAUAAGCGGAAGAAGAUGGAUGGAUGGAUGGAUGGAUGGAAUCGGGGGUAGGUGGGUCGACUCUGUGUGAGGCUGUGAGUGUGUUACGACUGGUUGUUGGAUGAGCACAAUGAAGGCAAGGACUGUGUGUGCCAUAAGAGAGACGUGGGCUUAUUGAGGGUGCCUCCCCGCCCCCUGUAAACUAUCCAUAAAUACUGAACGUCCAAGAAAAGAAAAAUCUUAGAAUAUAAUCAACAUAUUAUUUUGCCUAUAAAACAAAACAAAAACAUUACAACUUUUAAAAAGUUUUUAAGCUGUGUUACGUUUUGUGGCUACGGACUAUUUUCCUUUGGUGGAAAAGGGGGUUAAAUGGCUCUUUUGUUAUUAGGGUUGCCAGACCCUUGUCUAGACCAACCCACAAGGAAUCAAAGCGAUCAUAUAUUAAUGUUGUGUUUGUCUGCUGCGUGCUUAACCUCAUUGACGUCAUCAGGAUUCUGUUGUCAUCAUCUAAUCAGAAGAGGUUGCCAGGUGCAAUACUUCACUAAUACAAUCACAACUUUGUGGAUUUUUUGUAAAAAAAUGAUGCAGAAUUCUAAGGGUUGUUGUUUUUCCUAAAAGUAUUUACAAUUGUAUUUGGAAGCACGGCGUAUUUAGAGCAUCAAAUGCAUCAAAAGGUAUGGAGGAAAGAACAGUGGGCUAUUUAAAAUUUCAUUGGCAUAGGACAUUUUUAGAAAGGCCAUUUUUAUGUCAGACAUACUUGACUGAAUUGAUUAAAUCUACUAAAUGUCCAUUAAAGGGACAAUACAUACUGUAAUACCAAAAAAUGGGGGGAAAAAAACAUUUUUUGUUAUGGUCAUGCACUGAAAAAAACAAUUUGAAGCCUUUUUAACAACACAAAAUAGAGUAUAAGUGUAAGGCGGUGAAGGGCUGGUAUUCUUUUUGUUGUGAACACAAUUCAUAUUCAGCUAUAUUGUCUUGUGUAGCAGGGUUUUAUCCUAUUUAAUUACAUUAAAUUUUCAUAUAAAGAACUACAGCUUUAUCAAUUCAUUAUUUCCUAUUUGGUAUAUCAAUUUGUACUUGAUCUGCAGUUUCUUUUUUCCCCUCAUAAGAAUUUAAACUAUUGACCGAAACUGUUGUCUGAAUAUGUGUUUUAUUUUGCUCUUGUGUGUAUAAAACAGUAAAAAAAAAAAAAAAAAAAAAAAUCAAAGACUGUAUAUAACGUCCUGUAUGUAAUCAUAGUCAACUCAUUAGCCAU